GCUGAAGAAUUAUAUAUAUCCAUAUAUAUAUAUCGUUCCGUUAAUAACAACAUGAAACUAUUCCUAAAGGGUUUAAAGAAAGAAGAUACACAAUCUACCUGAAAUACCAGAUGGCCCAUACAUAAACCCAGCUCGGCGCAUCCACUCGCCAACUAGUAAUUCUAGCUCGAUGCUACCAAAAUUGAAGCUCCAUACUUAACAUACUCUACCCUGUGCCGGUCUAUGGGUAUCCUUUUUAGAUGUAUCAAUUCGAUUUCUAUGUCGAAUACUCUCCGCCGCCAUCUUAUUAAAUUUCUACUCUAUUUGAGGCAAUUUCCGAAUUGGAGGUUUCAUCACUUGGCCUUUCCCCAUUUGGGUUUUUUGACUUUUUAUCCCAUACCAUCCAUACACAACUUCUCUUUCGACAAACUUUGGCUAUGAUACAAUAUUUCAAUCUCUCCUCCAUCAAUUCUUUUCAUCAACAACAAAUUCCUGUUUCUCAUCUCCGCAACCCCCUUCAUCGUUAACCACGGACAGACCUCUUGAUCUCGCCAGCUCCUGUCACCGCGGCCCCACAGUUCAAAAACUCGCCUCGACAUCCGUCGAAGGAGAGAAAGUUUGGUUCUCAAAACGCCAUAUUAAACAUCAAAGAACCCGGACAGGACGAACGCCUAGAUUCCAGGCCCAGAGAGACACUUCGGACGUAUUGUAGUAUCAGAGAAACCUUCAGAAUCCGGCUUCUUCACGAUUCUUCCGCAAGUCCAAAGAUCCCAAACGAUGCACCGCUCAAGAAGCCGUUGAAGUUCCUACAAAACUCUAAUUUAUCUAACUCGCUUUGUUUCUUCUCCAACACUUCCGAAAUCAUGGACACUACUCUAAUUACUUUCAUGUUUCAAGCAACACCUAGAACACAAUCAGUCCACCUCAUCGGAUCUUGGGAUAAUUUCACCAAACGAUAUCCAAUGGAGCGAGAUUCGAGACGCUCUCGUGAACAAUGGCGAGGUUGUCACACAUUUGACGAUAUCAUCUGUGAUGGCCACGGAAAUGGUUCCUUGAAAAGGACUGGUGGUUUGAAAAUGGCAUCAACAUACUAUUACUAUUAUGAGCUUGAUGACGGCAUCGAAGUCCAUGACACAGCUAUACCCUCCACUACUACCUGUCCUUAUAUGCCAGGUCAACCAGUUAAUAUCCUCUGGGUACCAGUCGAAGUCUCACCACCACGACUUCGAAGUGGUUCCAUGGAUUCUAUAAAUAUUACAGAAGUCAAAACAAUGAAUCCUGCCGAUAAAUUUAUGACUCCCCGUGCUCCUCCAUCGAAGCCAAAUGCUGCACGAUCAGCCUCAUUAUCGUCUUCAGGCGCAGAGGUCACGGAAAAGCUAUGUUCUUGGGCAAAAGAUGGAAAGCUUGGAUGGGCAACAAAACUCUUUUCGGGCCGUCGAUCACAAUCUUCAUCGCCUGCUCCACCACUUUCUUCAAGGCGAUCAUCUGAGCCCGAUAUCAAUCAAGCUACUACACGAAGUAGUUCUUCAUCAAACUCAAACACUAUUCAUCAAUCUAGCCCGACUCGAUUCGAACCAAUUUCAAGAACACCGUCUUUUACUAGAGCGCACGAUUCUGUGCACAACAGUCUUAUGUCUCUUGGUAUACCUGAGGAAAUUUCAGAAGACUGCGAAGAUGAUGACAACUUUGCCACACAAUUUAAAGAACUUGUCUAUGACGACAACGACAGUAUCACCAGAUUAUCCCCAGCGCCAUCUCGCCGACAACCAUCACCAACUUUUAAUCCUCACAAGCCACUGCCACGACUUCCAAAUGAUGCGUUUACAUCUCCUAUUUCAUUACCUCUUCCUCCAAACCUUACUCUGAAUCUACCAAUGUCCCACUUCUCUGUUUCCACCGCAUCAACGGCUCUUACUUCACCAACGGACUCUCAUUUCGGCUUCAGCGAUACAUCAUCAAUGUUCGAUUCAUAUGAUGAAAGCGAUUUGAAUGAAGAAACGGGCGAUACUUUCACAUAUAAUCCAAUGAUUUCAGAGGUGGAAAAGAGGAAAUUUAUAGGGUAUAGCUUACCAGAUGAAGAUAUUGCUUCGGAACAGACUAUUCGCAAGACUUCAAAUUCAAUAUCGAAAACAAAUACUAAUGAUUCUUAUCCUCGCGAUUCGGGCUUCGCGAACGGAAUCCAAGAAAGCAGCGCGAAAACAGGAGGAGGAAGUGCGUUGGCAGAUUUCUUGGAGGAUAUGGGCUAUCUGGGCGAAACUAUCCGUGAUAAAUGAAGGGUGUGAUAAAAAGACGGAAGAUCAAGUAUUGGAGAGAAUGUGUAUGAAUAUUAGGUUGUAUAUAUAUGAUGAUCGGGACGACCGGAUGAUAUUCUGGCAUUUUGGGCGGUGCUACAUUUUGCAGUUUAGCGGGGAGUUUUUGGGAAUGGCCUGGGUAUAUACAUAAGAUAUGGACAUGUAUACAGGAAGGACGUGGGGGAGGAUGAAAGGAAUGGAAAAUAUUGCAAAGCUGGUCUUGCAUGCAUGUAUCAAAAGAUGGAUGGAAAUGGGCCCAAGAAGUGAAUGAGGGGGAUAAUAGAUGAGAUAGAUUAGUAGGGUGGUUAUACUCGAGUAUAUAUCAAACUUUAAUGAGAUACUUAUAAAACCACACAAGUCAUAUGAAUAAAUGACAACUUGCA